CACGCGCCGUCGCUCUCUCUCCAGUCUCGUUGCUGAACAGAUUGAGUACGACAAGACGCUGACGAACAAGAGGUGGAAGAAGACAACUGAAGCGCCUCGUCUUUAUUAUUUUAAAAAGAUCCGUUAAGACAAAUAAUUUCGAUGGCCGCUCAGUGUGUGUCGAAAGUCGAGCUCUCCAUCUCUUGCAAUAAUCUUCUGGAUAAAGAUGUUGGAUCCAAAUCUGAUCCACUGUGUGUUCUGCUGCAGAGUGUCGGCGAUGACAAAUGGACAGAGGUAGAACGCACAGAGAGAGUGAAGAAUUGCCAGGACCCAGAGUUCUCCAGCAAACUUCACAUUGACUACCACUUUGAGAAGGUGCAGAAACUAAAGUUUGGCGUCUAUGACAUUGACAACAAGUCCGUUGACCUCAAUGAUGAUGACUACCUGGGAGGAUUUGAAUGCACCCUUGGUCAGAUUGUAUCAAGUAAGAAGAUUACCAGACCCCUUCAGCUCAAGGCAGCAAAACCAGCUGGGAAAGGCACAAUAACGAUUACAGCAGAUGAAGUGAAGGACAACAGGGCUGUUGUGAUGGAAGUGGAGGCCAAAAACCUGGAUAAAAAGGAUAUGUUUGGGAAGUCUGAUCCAUUUUUGGAGUUUUUCAAGCAAGAUGAAGAUGGGAAAUGGCAGCUAGUUCACAGGACAGAGGUCAUCAAGAAUAAUUUGAAUCCAUCUUGGAAAAAGUUUACUGUCUCCUUGCAUACAUUCUGUGGUGGUGACCUGAACAAACCAAUCAAGGUUCAUUGUUUUGAUUAUGAUAGCGAUGGCUCUCAUGAUCUCAUUGGUGUGUUUCAAACUAAUGUGUCAGAUCUGCAGAAAGCAGUUCAUGGCUCCCCGGUUGAGUUUGACUGCAUUCAUCCAGAGAAGCAAAAGAAGAAAAAGAGUUAUAAGAACUCUGGGGUCGUCAGGAUUAAGUCUUGCAAGCUUGAGACCCAGUAUUCAUUUCUGGAUUAUGUGAUGGGAGGUUGCCAAAUUAACUUUACGGUGGGCAUUGACUUCACUGGCUCUAAUGGAGACCCCCGCUCCCCUGAUUCGCUUCACUAUCUCAGCCCUAAUGGUGUGAACCAGUAUCUGUCAGCCAUCUGGUCCGUUGGCCAGGUAGUCCAAGACUAUGACACUGAUAAACUUUUCCCAGCCUUUGGAUUUGGUGCUCAAGUGCCUCCAAACUUCCAGGUAUCCCAUGAGUUCCCAUUGAACUUCAACCCCAAUAGCCCAUAUUGCCAAGGAGUGCAAGGUAUUGUGGACGCCUACCGUGUGGCUUUGCCUCAAGUCCGUCUCUAUGGACCUACCAACUUCUCCCCCAUUAUAAAUCAUGUGGCCCGAAUUGCAGCCGGAGCUGCCCAGCAACCGAAUGCAGCUCAAUACUUUGUGCUGUUGAUCAUCACUGAUGGGGAGAUCACUGAUCUCGACCAGACCAGGCAGUCCAUCGUGAACAGCUCCAAACUUCCCAUGUCCAUCAUCAUUGUGGGUGUGGGUGAGGCAGACUUUAAGGCCAUGGAGUUUCUUGAUGGGGACAACGGAGUUCUCAAAUCUGUGACCGGAGAGCCGGCGGUCAGAGAUAUCGUGCAGUUCGUGCCCUUCAAGCAGUUUGCCAGUGCUCCUAAAGAAGCGCUGGCUCAGAGUGUUCUAGCUGAAGUGCCAAAUCAGCUGGUGUCAUACUUUAAAAUGAGAAAUCUGGCUCCUGUCAACCCCCCUACACCGAUCAAGUAGACACGUUUGCACUGGAGACUGAAUCAUAGGUAUCUAAAUGAAAGUUAGGCGUUAAGUAUAUGGAUCACCACUAGAGGGAACCGCAGCUCUGUUAAGGAAAGCAUUAUGGACUCUUACGAAAGACCACAUGUAUUCCAUUUGUAUUGUCCCUUUUUUUAUACAUUAUGCAUUUUCAGUCCUUCAUAGAUUUCUUUUAUCUUCGUAGAUUCCUCAUAUUAUUCUUUUCCAACUGAAAUAGUUUAUAAAAAUAUUCCUUUUUACAGAUAUAUUUUUCUGUAUUGUUGCAUAUAUAUUUUUUUUAUUAUAAUUGUUUAUUGAUACAGGUGCCUUGAUUUCCUUAAGCCAAGAUUUGAAAACACUUUUAGGAUUUUCGCUGCUUUUUGAUGCCAAUAUAUGCGAUGUCAAUCAGGAAUGCUGGUUUAUGUAAUUAACUGCACUUUCUGCGCUAUUGUAGUUAUCAGAGCAAAGUGAAUCACUAAACUCAUUCAGCCACUAUGCUGCAAUACAUAAUCAUGCUGUCAUAAUAGAGAUGAUUAGUAGUUAGAACCGUACCAAAGAAAUCACUGCAUGUCUUUCUAUUCGAAUUCAAGUAGAAUUGAAUUUAAAAAGUGCUGGUAUAAAGGCAUUAUGUAGACUUUGAGACCAUAGAACUGCCUUAUCAGUUGUGUUUUUUUUUUUUUUAAAAAGUUGUAGUUAGUGCCAAAUAUCAUUUUAAAGAUUCAUUUGGAAUGACUGAAGUUGUGGCAAUUUGAUUUAUCUAAUACAAAUGUUUGCACCUUAAUCGCACAGUAAAGUUAAUCUGCACUUCUACAUUAGAGCUAUUGAAUUUAGUCAUAUGUAUGCUUGCUCUUGCCACAUAAAGCCUUAUGGGACCGUUAUCUUGUUUUAAAUUUUUUCUAAUGAUUUAAAGGGAAUGGGAUUAUAAUCAUAUUAUGGUUGUUUUUCUCCCUGCCAUUGUUUUUCCUAAUCAUGAAAUAUGAUGUUUACACAGCAACACAUGUUGUUCAGCUCUUAAGAAGCCAUUAAUGCUCAGUUACAACACUUUUUAUAACUGUCAAGAAGAAAUGCUGAAUAAAAUUGCCUUAUUAACACACAUAA